GAAUCCCAAGCAGGUUCUGUGCUGUCCACAUGGAGACUGAUGCAGGGCUCGAUCUCACAACUGUGAGAUCAUGAUCUGAGCCAAAACCAAGAGUUGGAUGCUAAACCGACUGAGCCACCCAGACACCCUUGAAUUAUUUUUUUUAAGUUUAUUUAUUUAUUUUGAGAUGGGGGAGGGGCAGGGAGACAGGGAGAGAGAGAACCCUAAGUAGUUCUGUGCUGACAGCUGACAUAGGGCUCAAUCUCACAGACUGUGAGAUCAUAACCUGAGCCAAAAUCAAGAGUUGGACACUUAAUGGACUGAGCCACCCAGGUGUCUCUAUUUCAAAUUAUUUUUAAUUAUAAAUUAUCAUACCAGUUGUUUAAUAGAAAGGUCUUAAAGUUAUGAUCUCAGGAAUAUGUUCUGAAUAAGUCUUUUGUAUACUAAAAGGAUGGUAAGGUUUUGCAAAAAUGGGGUAAUUUUGUUUGGUUGACCUAAAUUUCUAUUUAGGUGGUAAACUGUACUUUAAUCAUACAUUGGAGCUUUUCUAUUACAGUUAGAUCAUCUCACUUCUUUUUAUUGGAGGGAGAACUUAGUCAUCUUUACUCUCUGAAAGGGCACAAGCAUCCCUGUUAAAUUUCAGAAAUGAAUAUUCCAUAUAGGAAAGUAUGCUAGUGGGGUACCCUUAAAUGUUUGCCUUUAGACUAAAGGGAUUUCUAAUAUCAUUUAUUAGACACCAUACAGUGAUGUACUGAUAUGAAAACUGUACUAAUUUACUGGUAUUAGAAAUAUGAAAUAUUUCAAUUUAUGAAAUAAGAAUUAAAGAUAAAUUAUCACCAUAUAUAGUACAUAAAUAAAAUAAUGAUCGGGACUGUUGGCAUGUAUCCUAAUUAUUUUAUGCUUCAAAGUAACAUUUCCUUUUUCAUAUAUAUAUAUAUAUAUAUAUAUAUAUAUAUAUGUAUGUUUUAUUUAUUUAUUUUUGAAAGAGAGAGUGACAGAGAGACAGAGAGAGAGAGAUGGACAGAGGAUCCGUAGUCAGCUCCACGCUGACAGGAGAGAGCAAGAUGUGGGGCUGAAACUCGUAAACUGGGAUCAUGACCUGAGCCAAAGUCGGAUGCUUAACCGACUGAGCCACCUAGGCACCCCUCCUUUUAAGACAUAUUAACUUGAGGGGGUGCAUGUGUAUCUCAAUUGGUUAAAAGUCUGACUCUUGAUUUCAGCUUAGGUUAUGAUCUCAUGGUUCAUGGGAUUGAGCCCUGGGUCGGGCUCUAAGCUGGUAGUUCGGAGCCUGCUUGAGAUUCUCUCUCUGCCCCUUCCCCCUUAAAGUAAAUAAAUAAACUUAAAAAAAAAAAAGACAUAUUGAUGUAAUCUGAUGUUUGAAAUUAACAAGCCUUUCAGUUUACUGAAGAAUCACCUAAUGUAACUAGUUUUUGAUGGUAAAGACUUACACCUAUAAUUCACAUAUUUUUCAAUCUCUUGGCUUUGUUCCUAUAAAUUCUUUGUUCCUGUAGACUCUUGCAUUUUACUUCUGCCGGCUUAAGAGUUGGUGAUGCUUCCCUUUAAUUACUAUAAAUUUCUCAGAUCAAAAAUAAUUAGUAUUUUAAAAAAUUGUCAAGUAUUUCUAAAGCAUAAUACUAAAAUAUUAUUAAACAAAUAUACAAUAAUAGCAAGAAUAAACUGUUUUGGGGUGCCUGGGUGGCUCAAUUGGUUAAGUGUCCAACUUUGGCUCAGGUCAUGAUCUCAUGGUUUCUGAGUUCGAGCCCCAUGUUGGGUUCUGUGCUGACAGCUCGGAGCCUGGAGCCUGCUUUGGAUACUGUCUGUCUGUCUGUCUGUCUCUGUCUCUCUCUCUCUCUGACCCUCCCCUGCUCAUGCUCUGUCUCUUUCUCUCAAAAAUGAAUAAACUUAAAAAAAUAAAUAAAUAAAAAAAGAAUAAACUUUUUAUUCUUCUUAUAUAUUGGGAGGUUUGGUGCACAUCCUAAUUACAUUUUAUUAGUGUAAUUAAGGAAGCUUAAUAUUUAAUUAUCUUAUGUUCAUUUUAUUAACCUAGAUUAGUUCAUAUAGUAUGUCUUUCUUUGCAUGUACCCCUAAAUGGUAUAAUUAACAUAGCUUAAUUUUUCAUAUCUCAUGUUUAAUUAUAUGAACCUAGAUUAGUCUAUCUGGUCUUUCUUUCUUUUUUUUUAAGUUUAUUUAUUUUGAGAGAAAGAGAACAUAGGUGUGCUCACAUGUGAGCAUGUGGGGAAGGGGCAGAGAGAGAGGGAGAGAGAGAAUUGCAAACAGGCUGCAUACCUUCAGUGCAGAGCCUGAAGUGGAGCUCAAUCUCACGAACCAUAAGAUCAUGACCUGAGCCGAAAUCAAGAGUUGGACAUUCAACUGACCAAGCAACCCAGGCAUCCUCCUGGUCUUUCUUUUGCAUGUAACCUCUAAGAUACUUAUUUUUUUUCUUUUCUUUCCCCUUUCACACUAUUACGGUUUAAUAAGUUUUUCUUUCCUUUGUAAAUACUAUGUUUUCAAUGUUUACUUAAAAAAGAAAUCUAAGCAGGGGCGCCUGGGUGGCUCAGUUGGUUAAGUGUCUGACUUCAGCUUAGGUCAUGAUCUCGUGGUCCAUGAGUUCAAGCCCCCCCACCGUCAAGCUCUGUGCUGACAGCUCAGAGCCUCGAGGCUGCUUUCGUUCUGUGUUUCCUCUUUCUCUGCCCCUCCCCAACUCUCACUCUCUCUCCUUCUCAAAAAUAAAUAAACAUUAAAAAAAUGAUGGGGCGCCUGGGUGGCGCAGUCGGUUAAGCGUCCAACUUCAGCCAGGUCACGAUCUCGCGGUCCAUGAGUUUGAGCCCCGCGUCAGGCUCUGGGCUGAUGGCUCGGAGCCUGGAGCCUGUUUCCGAUUCUGUGUCUCCCUCUCUCUCUGCCCCUCCCCCGUUCAUGCUCUGUCUCGCUCUGUCCCAAAAAUAAAUAAAAAACGUUGAAAAAAAAAAUGAAAAAAAAAAUGAAAAAAAAUUCUGAGUGAAGCUCUGGCAACCUGGAAACAUUUUAAUGAAAGUGAAACUAUAAAGGUUAAACCUUUUUAAUCUUGUGUACCAAGCAGAUUUUAUUUGAAAAGAAGCUCACCAGUAAAAGAGGGGAUUCCACCAACGAACAUUUCCUAAGGGUAAGGCCAAUGAAUAAUUUUGAUAUGUCAAAGAAUUGGUGUGGUUUUGAGAAAUGUUUCCUGCAUUUCCAAGGUGAGUGUAAGCUUCUGCUAGAGAUUGCUGCCAUAUGCAUUUUUGGCAUUAAAUAAAUUUUAGUGCCAUGUAAGUAAAAAAAAAUUUUACUUAGCAUGUAAACUACAUUAGCAAAAAAUGAAGCAAAAGUAAAAAUUCACCCACAUACCUGUCAUCUGAGCAAUUCACUAUAUGAUUCACAUUUGUAUGUAUAAUAAAGGGAGAUGCAUUGAGGUUUACUGAGGCCCUAUCAUUUGUCAGUCUUUGAACUAGGUGUGCCAUGCAUUAUAAAAGCCUUGUGGCAAGGUGGUAUUAUCUGUGUUUUUAGAAAAUGGAAAAAUUGAGACUUAAAGAAGGUAAGUGACUAGCCCUUAGUAACAUGGCAGCACAUGAUAUGUGAAUGUGGGGCUCCAUUUUAUAAAAUACUUAUUUUGUGUUCACAGGCUACAUUUAUUUGGUCUAUUUUUAAGUACAAAGACUGAAAUUCCUGUUACUAAUCUUUUGGGGGAGAUGGCAUGUUUUGAGAAGUAUCACAGCCAAUCUUUACACUGAUAAAUGGAAAGUACUGUAUCUGCAUUGUGUUUUUAUAGUAGUUAUGCUGCAGGGGAAAAUCCCUUCUUUCUUUCCCAAGUUCAUUUAGCUGAACCAAGAAGCUGAUCAAAAGAUACUUAAAAUUUAAACACGUUUUCUUAACUAUUUUUAUAAAUAUAUUUCAUGCCUUUAAAUGAUAUCUAGUGACAUCAGUAAAUUCUCUCUUUACCAAAAUAAUGUUUUUUUACACAUUUAGUGGUUGACCACUAAGACAGAGGCAUAAAUAGCAUUUGCCUCCUCAUAUAAUGAAUUUGUAUGGAAAACCAUUUAAAACUGAGUCUUCAGGGGGCACUGUAUAGCUUAGUAGGUUAAGCUUGGCUCACUCAGGUCACGAUCUCACAGUUUGUGAGUUUGAGCCCCACAUCAGGCUCUGCCCUGACAGGGUGGAUCUUGCUUUGGAUCCCCUCUCCCUGGCUAUCUGCCCCUCCCUCACUUGCACUCUUCCUCUCUCAGAAAUAAAUAAACUUUGAAGAAAAAAAACUGAGUCUUUAGGUGCUUGGCCUUUUAAGGAAUGUAGAGGAAACAGUAUUAAAUGCCAUAAAAAUAUGUACAUUAGUUAUCUAAACCUGUUUUUUGGGGAGUUCUUGGAGUGCAUUUUCCCCUAGAAGCAGUAGCUAAAAUUUAAAUGAUAAGUUUUCAGAUGAGCUCAUAAUAAAUGAAUAGGUAUGUCUCCAUGUGUUUUUAAAGCAACAAAAGUCCCCUCCUUUUUUUCCCCCAAACAAAAUUUUAUGUAGGAACUCUAUUUGAAUUUCUUGGGAAUCUUUUAACCUAAGUUGAGUUGGCUUAAAUAAACAAGGAAUUUAUUAUGAGGAUCUAGGUUGUUUCAUGUAUGCCCACAGCAGGAGUGCAUGGAAGAUCCAGAAUGUCCUGUUUCCACCUCUUGCCUCUUUUUCUCUGUAUGCCUGCUUCUUUUCCCUGCAUAAUUACUUUCUUGGUUUCCAGUCCACAUGGCAGAAAACAGAGCUGAGGCUAAGUUGAGACAGGUAAGGUGCAAAAUUUGAGAAAUCACUGGAAAACUCAGUGAUUAAGGUAAAUAAUAUGUAUAUUUUAAAUUUUGUAUAGCAUUUUAUUCAGUUCCACUGAUCCCUUCUUUAAUCACUUUACCUGAUAAAUCAUCUGUUCAGCUUCAGCUUUUGUUAAGCAGAUAAAAAUGUUAAAGUCUAUAAAAUCAGCAUGCAUCUUACUUUCACUUAUUUAAAUGAGAUUUAUACAGAUUAGAAGAUUAUUUAAUUGUGGUCUCAGUAAGACCUUUAAUACUUUUCAACUUUCAAUCAAAUACAAUCUAUCAUACAGAGAACCCCUAAAGGUUCAUAUAUUAACUUGUAUUUUUUAAGUUUUUAUUUAAAUUAUGGUUAAUUAACAUAUAGUGUAAUAUUAGUUUCAGGUCUACAAUUUAAUGAUUUAACACUUACAUACAACACCUUGUGCUUACCACAAGUGCCCUCCUUAAUCCCCAUCACCUAUUUAAUUCAUCCCCCUUCCCACCUCCCCUGUGGUAACCAUUGAUUUGUUCUCUAUAGUUAAGAGUCUGUUUCUUGUUUUGCCUCUCUCUCUCUCUCUCUCUCUCUCUCUCUCUCUCUCUCUCUCUUUCCCCAUGCUGGUUUGUUUUGUUUCUUAAAUAAUACAUAUGAAUGAAAUCAUAUGGUAUUUGUCUUUCUCUGACUGAUUUAUUUCACUUAGCCUAAUACUCCCUACCUCCAUCCACAUGAUUGCAAAUGGCAAGAUUUCAUUCUUUUUAUGGCUGAGUAAUAUUCCUUUGUAUACAUAUACCACAUCUUCUCAAAAUAAAUAAUAUUUUAAUAUAACAUUUCAAGUUGAUGAUAAGCAAAACAUCAAAAUUUUAAGUAGAGAUAGGAUUAGCAUAAAAAUAGCCACCAACAUCAUUUCCUGUAUUGUUUUCUAUUUGUAAGUAAGCAGUCCAAUUGAUCUGGAGACUGGUGAUUCCAAUUCUAAAUCCCAGGGAAGGGGUCUGGUUGGCUUAGCUUGCUAUUAGGUCCAGACUCGUAGACCAGUCAGUUAAGGCCUGGUGGUGGGAGGUGCUUGGUUGCCAGCAGAACCUUGUGGGAGGCUGGGCAGGGACAGGUAUGCACUCUACAAAAAUACCAAGUUCAUACAUGUGAGGAGACUGAUUGGAGUUGAGUGAGAUGGGGAACUUGACACUCAGUCUGUCUCUCUCUACUUAAGAUUUCUCCUUAGACACCACUAUUGAACUUAUCAACCACUGAAGGGGAGAGUAGAACCCACUUGAACAGAGAAUUCAAUGUCAGCCAACCAAUGCGUUAGUGCUAGCCAUGUAUAAGACCCAGGGGCCAAGUACUUGGCAUGGUUGUUCAGGAUGAUAUCUGAUGAAGGCAAGUAGAUGUGAUCCCUCAGACAGGAAACCAGAGGGGUUUUGAUGUUAGGGAGAGGUUGAUUGUGUGAACUAGUGAUUACUCUUAUAGGGUGAGCCAAAGAGUUGGAAGUUCCCUUUUGUUCCUUUGGGGACUCUAGCACCUUUCCAAUAACCUUCAAACCACAGCCAGAGCAAUCUUUUUAAAAUGCAAAUUUCAUCAUUCAAGUCUCUCACUUUAAAACCUUCUGUGGACUCCCACUGAUUUUAGGACAGAGACCAAUAUUCUCAUAUUCUCUCUCUCUCUCUCUCUCUCUCUCUCUCUCUCUUUUUAAGUAAUCUCUGUGGCCAAUGUGGGGCUCAAACUCAUGACCCCAGGAUCAAGAGUUGCAUGCUCCCCCUACUGAGCCAGCCAGGAGCCCUGAGACCAGUAUUCUUAAUACUGCUUGUGUGGUCUGCACUCUGGCCUCUAACAGGCCCUGCUUCUUUCUGCUUUUAGGACCUUUGCACAGGCUGUUGACUCUGCCCAGGGCACCUCCCAACCACCCUUCUUCCCACCCCUCCCCAGCUGGAAUGCUUGCAAACUGCUAAGGCUGAGAUCCUGAGGAACCCAGCUGGAGAAUGCCGUCUGAACGCUGCCUGAGUAUUCAAGAAAUGCUGACAGGCCAGAGGCUCUGCCACUCGGAAUCUCACAAUGAUAGCGUCUUGGCAGCGCUGAAUCAACAGAGAAGUGACGGCAUCCUCUGUGACGUCACCCUGAUUGCUGAGGAACAGAAAUUCCAUGCUCACAAGGCAGUCCUAGCAGCAUGCAGUGACUAUUUCCGGGCGAUGUUCAGUCUCUGUAUGGUGGAAAGUGGAGCUGACGAGGUCAGUUUACAUGGUGUGACCAGCCUUGGCUUAAAGCAGGCCCUGGAGUUUGCAUACACAGGACAGAUUUUGUUGGAGCCAGGUGUGAUCCAGGAUGUAUUAGCAGCUGGCAGUCACCUACAGCUGUUGGAGCUUCUCAAUUUAUGUUCCCACUAUCUCAUCCAGGAAUUAAAUAGCUUUAAUUACUUGGAUCUGUACAGACUUGCUGACCUCUUUAACCUCACUUUGCUGGAGAAGGCAGUGAUCGAUUUCUUAGUGAAACAUCUCUCUGAGCUCCUGAAGAGUCGCCCAGAAGACGUUCUAACGCUUCCUUAUUGUCUGCUCCAGGAGGUUCUGAAGAGUGACCGCCUGACCUCCCUGAGUGAAGAGCAGAUCUGGCAGCUAGCUGUGAGGUGGUUGGAACACAACUGCCAUUACCAGUACAUGGAUGAGCUCCUGCAGUAUAUCCGCUUUGGCCUGAUGGAUGUGGAUACUCUCCAUACAGUUGCCCUGUCCCACCCCCUCGUCCAGGCAAGUGAAACUGCAACAGCUCUUGUCAAUGAGGCCCUGGAGUACCACCAGAGCAUCUAUGCACAGCCCGUUUGGCAAACUCGCAGGACCAAACCACGAUUCCAGUCAGACACUCUAUAUAUCAUUGGUGGGAAAAAGCGUGAGGUCUGUAAAGUCAAGGAACUUCGGUACUUCAAUCCUGUUGACCAGGAGAAUGCUCUCAUAGCUGCCAUUGCCAACUGGAGUGAGCUGGCUCCCAUGCCCGUGGGAAGGAGCCACCACUGUGUAGCAGUCAUGGGGGACUUUCUGUUUGUGGCAGGAGGAGAAGUUGAGCAUGCUAGUGGCCGGACAUGUGCUGUGAGGACUGCCUGUCGCUAUGACCCCCGCAGUAAUUCCUGGGCGGAGAUAGCACCCAUGAAAAACUGCCGGGAGCAUUUUGUGCUGGGUGCCAUGGAUGAAUACCUCUAUGCAGUUGGGGGUAGAAAUGAACUGCGCCAGGUUCUGCCUACAGUUGAGCGAUAUUGCCCCAAGAAGAACAAAUGGACUUUUGUGCAGUCCUUUGACCGAUCCCUUUCAUGUCAUGCUGGAUAUGUGGCUGAUGGUCUUCUUUGGAUAUCAGGUGGAGUAACUAACACAGCACAAUAUCAGAACAGACUAAUGGUAUAUGAACCUAACCAGAAUAAAUGGAUAAGCCGCAGCCCUAUGCUGCAGAGAAGGGUCUACCAUUCCAUGGCUGCUGUUCAAAGAAAACUUUAUGUUCUUGGAGGCAAUGACCUGGACUACAAUAAUGACCGGAUCCUUGUGCGGCAUAUAGAUUCUUACAACAUAGACACCGACCAGUGGACGCGUUGUAAUUUCAACCUGUUGACUGGCCAAAAUGAAUCUGGAGUUGCUGUCCAUAAUGAGAGAAUAUAUUUAGUUGGUGGAUAUUCGAUUUGGACAAAUGAGCCUCUGGCUUGUAUCCAGGUGGUGGAUGUAAGUAGAGAAGGCAAAGAAGAAGUAUUUUAUGGGCCUACACUCCCUUUUGCUUCUAAUGGAAUAGCGGCAUGCUUCCUUCCAGCUCCAUAUUUCACAUGCCCUAACCUUCAGACUCUUCAAGUGCCUCAUCACAGGAUUGGGACCAUCUGAAAACCAAUGCUUUGUUAAUAACUAUCAUUAACAGAAGGGAAAGAAAAGCUUCACUUCUGAAUACUGGGCAUGAAAAGACUCAGUGCUCAAUGCUUCCUUGUUUUGUUUUAUAUGUCUUAUUUUCAGAUAAACAUUAGCAAAAAAUGAACAGUUUUCUAAAAUACAUUACUGAAACCUCCUGUCACCCUUCUCUCUGUGUGUCAAUAUACAAUAUGUCUGACUUUUACUGUGGUGUAGCUCAGUGACAACUUAAUGGUCAAUUACUGUUCCAUGGGUCUUUAGAGGCUUUGUUGUAGACUUUCUCUAAUCAGCACUGUCUAGGAAAACAGGAAAAUGUUAGUAAGGCAAUUUAUUUCACAAGUACUGCCAUCAAUGAUCUUCAAAAAAAAAAAAAAAAAAAUUCCGUAGUUAAUACCCUUACUACUUAAAACUGGGUUUGUAAUUUUUCUUUUAAAAAUUUAACAUUUUGCAGCCCCACUAGUAUAGACUCAGUAUUAUGACAUUAUAAAAUUUUAAAUGCCAUGUUUUAUUCACAGUAACACGAAUGAUAGAAGUACACUGGAACAGCAGUUGGAACGCCCAGAUUGUUCAGCUUGGUUACUGUGACCUUGGGCUAGGUGCUUAACUUUCAGUGCUAGUUUUCCCAUUCUUUAAGGAGGAUAAUUAUUGAUUUCCGUAUCAAUUCAGAAGAAUGUUGUGAGGAUUAGGCAAAUGCUCUGAAGUACUUCAUUUAAGAAAAAAAAAGUUACUCAAAUUACAAGGUAUUUUACUGUCUUUAGAAUUCUGUAACUGAACGGGGAGAUUAUUUUUGAAAUUAUUUAAAAAUUACUAAAUAGAAAUUGGAACACAUGCUGUGGGAGAAAUGAUUCUGAAAAGCAUGUGAAGAGAUGCUAAUUAGGAAAAGGGGAGUCUACCAAAGCCAAAGAUUCCUAAGUCUAUACAAAUUCUUGCUUCACAUCAUAAUUCAAACACUUGUUUAAAUUCAUUUAGUGAAAAAUGACAUUUCAAAGCUCAACAAAAAAAAAAUUAGCUGUACUAAUUUGGGCACCAUAAAGUGCUCUGACAUAACUGUGAACCUAGACUUAGUAGUUCUAAUAAAAGUUUUUGCAGUUUGUUAAAGGUUAUGUCAAUCUUGAGCACUUGUGGGAUUCUUCCUCCACCACCAAUACAUAUUUUAUUACUACCACUUUUAAUAAUGCAUAAGAAUUCUUAUUUAGGCUAGGUUUUUGGAUUUGCUUUGUCUAUAACAAUAUAUACAUAUAUAUGUAUAUAUACACAUAUAUAUAUGUAAUAAAAAUCACAUUGGAACAUAAAUUCAAGAAGUGUAACAUGAGUUUUUCCCUUUUCCUAAUCUUGUUAGGAUCUAAGUCACUUUACUAAAAGGAAGACUUUAUUUGGACUUUUUUCCUUUGGCAUAGUUUAAUUGUUUAGCAAUCCUUACCUUACAGGAAGUUGUCAUUUUAUUCAUGUAACCACUUUUGGUAUUCAGAAAUAAAAACAAACUUUUUAAAAUCCUAAAUACAAAAUUCACUAACUUUUCACACUGUUAUACCUAAAAAUUUUAAUUUUUAAAUAAUAAUCUGGUUAUUCAGAUUAAAGAGCAGAGAAGGAAAGACUAGGCAUAAGGGGAAAAAGUAAAAUAAAAACCUCCCAGAGAUUUAGACAAAAAACCUUCAGAGUAAUUUUACAGUUCUGAAAAGUGAAAAUUGAUACUGAUAUGAUAUUUAGAAGAAUUACAGAGUCUCUUUAGAAGAGUUUAUAAAUCAUGUAAACUAAAUAUUUUAAAUGCCUUUACCAAGUCAGGAAAAUGACUCUGGCAUUUCAGGUAUCUUUUCAAAAAGAACCUAAGCAAGAAGUGUUUUGGAUUUAUUAAAAUUUCUACUUGAUACAUGAAUUGACCUCCAGCUGUUUUACCUUAUAAAACCAUUACAUCUGUAAUCCCACAUCCUAUAUCCAAUGAAUGAAAGGAAAAUGGUCUAAAAAUAAGCUUGCCUGACUAAUAAUGAAAAGGUACCCUGAGAUUACUCUUGAUAUUUUCUGUAUAGAUUUCUAAGUAUUCAUUUAAAACAAAUCAGUACAUUAGCAAACACUUUCUUGGGAAACUUUAAUGUAUUAUCCACUAAUAUACAGAAUCGAACUCAGAAUUAGAAAAUAUUCUUUACAGUAUAGCCAAAGAUAGCCUCUAAAGUACAACAUUCCUAGGAAAAAUAAAACGCAGAAUGCUUAUGAUUAGAUCAUUUUCCUCAAAGAUUCCAGAAAACUGCUCAUAAAACCAAAUUCCACUGAAACUAUUCAAAUAUAUAUUUUCUAUUUUAGUGAACUAUAGUAAUUCAUCUCUCAUUUUUACUCUUUAAAAUUAUAGACCAUAUUGUAUUUGUAGUUAAAUUAUUAGGUUAAUUUGAAUUUCCAUAAGAAAAGCAUGAAAAUUCCAACCACUUAAACACCAUUUUCAGAUUUUACUAUCUAAAAGAAAACACAGUACUGCAUAGGUAUUAGCACAGCGUUCCUUUGUGUAGGAAGAAAAGCCAGCAAAGACAUUAAUCUAUAAAACAAUGUAAAGUGCAAUGAAGUUCCUUAGAUUCUUAAUAACAAAAUACCAAUUUGGUUAUGAUUAGGAUAUUUUUCUCGUUAGGUUACGAUUAAGAUAUUUUUCUUCCUUUUUCUUCAUGUUUUCUUCAAAGUUUAACCCCAAGUAUACUGUAUACCUUUCAACUGUUGAAAUGACUAAAAAACUUUGUUUUGCCACAGAAUAUUAAAACAGGAACAACAUAGAAAUUAUUCUUCCAAGUAAUAUGGUUCAUUUUUAUUUUGGUUUUCAAAUAAUCUUUCAUAAAAAAGGAAGUGUAAUAAUCAUGAAGUAUAAACUAAAUAUAUACAUUUAAAAAAUUAUUAUAUGCACAAUUAACUUAUCAAUAUACAAUAAGGCCCAGCAUUUUCUGAAAACACAAUUCACAAAUGCAAUAAAUGCUAUAAACUGGAUAACUACUAGCACACCAAAAACUUUAAUAAGCAGAAGUUAUUCAAUUCCAAUCAUGUAGUACUUAUUUUGGUAAUCUUAGCAAUAUAGAUUAUCACUGAAUCAAAGUACAAAUCUUAUAUCUUAUUAAAUAUGUGAAAAAAUAUGCUACUUUGCUAGCUUCCCAAACCAACUGUCUUAAGCAAACAAAACAUGGUAUUUAUAUUGGCAUGCUAUGUACUUGACUGACAAGGCAGUAUUUUUAACCCUAGGGGGAGAAGACAGGAGAAGAGCUUUUGGAAAAAUGUAAGGUUUACAUAAAAUCUAUAGGAUUGAGGGAAGACAGGUUUCCUAGAGGCUUUUCCCAACUGCAGAAACUUGUCAAAUUUUUAUAGAACAGAUAAUUUUAACAAAGGGAUGUAAAAAUAAAAGCUGUCAAAGAUUCUGUUAAAGUACACGUAAUUCUUUAAGAACAAAAUAGUUUUAAAAAUUUGUGAUGAAGCAUGAAAGAAAAUAAUAAUGGGUAAAGAACACACACACAGGCUACAGGUAAGUUUUGUUUUUGUUUUUGUUUUUAAUAUAGAUGCCCAGGUAGAAAAAGUCAAAUAGGCUUAAGAAAAAAUAUGCUAGGAAUAGGUAAAGAUAUAAAAGUUUUAAACUAUGAAACUCUUCUAAUGCAAAUGAAGUCAAUACUAAAAGAUUUCUGUACAGAGAUCAUACUCCAUGUUUUUUACUCCCCCAUGAAAACCUAAUUAAAUGUUCAAUUAAAAUUUAAAUCAUAACCAAAUCUGAAUGUCUAAUAAAGUCCUUUCUACCACUC